AUGGCGGCGGUUCGAAUUUCGCAGCCCGAAGCGGACACUUUCGGCACGCCCCGCCUCGUAGAGCACGCCCAUCGUCUCCGAGAACGCCUAGAAGCCGCCGCAUUCCAUGCUGGUCUCUCCAACACUGCACGCGAUCACCGCGUAGCCAACGAGUACACGCUCGGUACACCUCUCCCGCUCGCCGAACCGCACGCGAUCGUGCAGACUGCGCCGCGGACGCCGACCAACAGCCGCAAGCGCAAGGCCGCGUCCGAGACACCGCGCUCGAGCGACCUGUAUGAAGGUCUCUUUGGCGCAGACUUUGCGCUCGAGUCGCCCUCCAGGCAAGGCGCCUCGCCCGUCUUUCGAGUAUCCUCCAUGCCGCCCUCGCCGGUCGCGUCUUCGCCCCGCGCCGCGCCUUCCACGCCCAAGGUGCGCACGCCGGCAAGCGCAGGCGACUGGCUGAACCGUGUCGCGUCGUCCCCGCAGCUCGGCUCGCCGCAGCGCUCGGGCGGUGCGACAAGCGACAUGCACAACCACCCGUCGGCUGCUCUGCUACAACAUGAGCAGCAGGCCGCGCAGUUCCGCAUGCCGUUUAAGCGGCGGCGCAUGCGGACGCAGGGCGACGACACCUUCCACUUCCCGUCGCAUGGGCACCGCAGCCCUGCGGGCCGCCUGCCGAACGGACACAUCGCCUCGUCCCUCGCGCAGAACCUGGGACUCUGCGGCGAGUCGCCGUCACGGCGCAUGUUGGCGCCGUCGACGUCGCGUCACGCGCGCUUUGCGUCUACUUCGUCGAUCCCGGAUCGCCAGUCGCUCGACAGCUACAUUCCGGUCCGGGGCUACGAUCCUCUGCCGCUUGAAGCGCCGCGCUCGCAUCCCCGGCCCAUGCGCAUGCAUCCCGAAAUGGAAGCACGUCCUCUGGCCCCGCCGCGGUUUGUGCACGACGUAAAGCACGGUGCGGAGGGCCAUGAUGUGCCGCAUGCGCGUGCCCACGAGGCCGCACUCACACACGACGGUCGGUCGGUGCGCCAUGGCAAGAUGCCUAGUCCGGAGAAGGCAUGGGCAGCGCGAACGGAUUUGCGCGGACACCGCCGCAGCAUGUCGUACAGCACGCUGGAAACCCCGCUGCCCGUCUCGCACGACCGCAGCGGCAGUAUCACGACGCCUCCAGCCGCAUCGCCUGCGUACCCUGUUACGCCCAAGUCCCUGGGAUCGAGCUUUAGCUAUGGCGAGUCCCUCAACAUGUCACCGACACCCCAGCCGCGCAGCGCGCGGCGUCGGCAGGACACGCAGGCUCUUACAGCCAGUCUCCCUGCCAAGAGCUCGCGCCAUCUGCGCCUCCGUUCUGAUGACUUUGGCGCACGGUCCUCGCGCCCGCUCUGGGCGCAGUCCCCGCGCCCGCCGCCUGCCCCGUCGUUCGUACGUAUGUAG